GUUGCUGCGUGAAAGACGUAAAGUCCGGGCUCAUCAUAUUUGCGCUGCUCUCGCGGUUCGUCAGUGAUGCACUCCUAUCCCGUGCCUUCCCCCCCUUCGAGGCAUGUCUUCUCCACACCACCACACCACCACCACCACUCCUGCUUCCUCGCAUGAAUGUUCCGCCGCACCAUCGUCUCUCCUUCCCCGCUGAACGGGCUCCUCUCGCCGUCCGUCUGGUUGGUGUUCGUCCGGCCCACCGCAGCAGCAGCCGCCCGCCCGGCAGCUGUGCCCUCUGCUCCCGAAGGCAGUCCUCGCCAUGACCUCCCCUUCUUCCUUCGAUACAACCUAAAUUCGUUAAAUGGGAUUCGUGGCUGCUGGCCCUGGGUUUCCACAGCAACUGGCCAUCCGCUUCCAUUAUUUCUCUAAUGAGGACAGCCAUACGGAUUUAACACGGUUCCUCGCUGCGCGUCUCCGAUUUUUGGGCUGAAUCUCAAGACGCGUCAAAGGUGAGUGAAAUUACGACUUGUGACGUUUGAACGCAAGAAAAUCGGGUUUAUCGUGAUUGUUGAAACGCAUUUUCCUCCUCUGGUGUUUCACACACCGUCUAAAAUCCCACUCUUGUUGUAUUUCAUUGUUGCACAGGCCAUUCAGUCAGUGUUGCUCCCACAUUUCAUUCGGUCAGUGCCACUCUCUGUGUGUGCCAGGGCUGCGUUUGUUGACGAUUUACUACACCCCGCACAAAAUCGGCAGCGUGUGAGCAAAUCUCCGAUCUUUUCGCUUUCCCAUGACUCAAAAUCCCCCGGAAAGACAGCCUUAAUCGACUGCGAAGAGAAAUUAGAGCCAACAAUCCAUCGAGAUUCAAAAUGGAGCUGUAACAGCACCUGUUUUGAUUCAUCAGGCCGCAUAUGCGCUUUACAUGAGCCCGAGCCAGGGGAAGCCACAGCAGCAUUGUCGCUUUUUUAUCCCUCUUCCCAUUCACAAAUCCGUGUUUACGAGCCUAAUGUGGGUGAGUUUGGCUAAGGCGGACUGUAAAGGGUUUUCCUUUGGAUUGGUGUGUGUGUAUAUGUGUGAGUGUGUGUGUUUUAUUCUCUCCUAAAGCAAAGACGUUAUCAUCUUGACAGCUGCUACUCCUGUAAGCAGCUACUACCCCACCCCUUGUUUCUUUGAAAGCAGCCUUGCUGACAACUGGUGUUUAAUCCCGUGGAAAUAGAAUUUUAAUUAUGUGGUUAAUCUAUUUACAGUUGUGUUUCGGAUUUUGGAUCAGUUCCAGCCAAUUUCCAUAUGGCAAACCACCAGGUUUGCCUAAAAUGGGAUGGAUGAAUCAUGGGAAAACUGAAUGUUGGGUUUUCAUUGUGGCACAACUAAAGCAGAAGUAAUGAUGUGUUAGCUGUCUCUGGUAAACAUGCGAUCAUAGCAUGGGAAGUACACACAAAAACAGAUGACAGAUUUUAGCCUGAAGAAAAUACGAGUUGAGAAUAUCAACAGAGGAUGAAAAUAAUAAUAAGAGAUGUAGAAUAAUACGAAGGUUGCAACCAUGUUAGCUGUAAUGAUGUAACAUACAGAUUUUUUUAAUUGGUCAGUACAUCUUAUAUAUCUCAGAUUGAUUGAUUGAUUGAUUGAAGUUUAUUUCUAAUAUGCAAACCAAACAUAUAAACAAUUAAGAAGAGUAAGGCAAAACAUUUAAACAGAAAACAGAAAUAUAUAUUUGAAAAGGAGUGAAAAGAAGAAAAACUAAUGAACUCCCACCCCUUCCCUUUAAAUCCUAAGUACCCACAACAAGCUUCCUUGCAACUUGUUUAGAUGUGCCUGAUAAUUAUGAUAAAUAAAGUACAUUCAUGACUUCCUACAUCUACAUCCACUCAAAACAGCACACACAUAAAAACAACAACACAAAAUAAAUCUGUAAAAUAGUCCAAGAAUGAUUAUUAACAUGGUAAUGCGGCUUGUUUGGGGAUCCUGUUAGAGUUUUUGGUCCAUCACAGGUCAGAUUUUUAAAAAAUAUUGAGUAUUUGGCGACAUUGAGCCCAAAUCAGAUACUUGCGUCUUCCUGUAUUGAACUAUUUUUUUGUCCUGCUUUGUUAUUUUUUCCACAAAAGUAUAUAAAUCUGUUUAGUUGAACCUUGUCCAAACUGGUGCGGUUGUAAAGCAAUACUGCGCUACUGCCUCAACUGGGAAGUUUAAUCCGGUGUGCAGGGAGGCCCAGUAGUGACAUAGGACACAUGUCAGAGAGCCAUAAAGCUGUCAUAAAGCUCAUAUCAGUCACAUAGUGUCUUAAAUUACAUGGUAUCUUGUCACAAACUGUAUUUGAAUUUAGCAUUGAGACAGCAGGACAUAUCAUGGAUGAGAAAGUCAUCAAAAAUCUGUAUUUCCAAGGGUCUACUCUCAUUACAGAUGGGCUGGUUGAAUAAAGCGAUGAAUUGAAACCCCCUCUGAAACCUCUCCGGUCCCCUCACUCUAUCAAGGACAUUCAUCAUUCCCUUUAAAGACCAGAGUUUGUUCUCCUCCCUAGUUUCAUGAAAUUGGUCCAAUUGAACGCAAAAUCGCUGCUACAGCCUUCAAAACAAUCCUAUUUUAAAGCCCACGUAUUCCAAGAGGCUCUUGGCUUCUUUUUGUUGCUUUGUCCUCACUGCUGACAGUUUAGCCCCAGGGUUGCUAAUGCUAAGUUACUCACACGUUUAUGUUCUGUAGCAAAUUGCGCUCAGUUUUUACGACAGCUGGCGUAAAGAUGAUCAGGUUGAGACGAUGUGCUCCAAUUGCCGAUCUACAAGCGGUUAAAAAAAUAACCCAGAUCGGCUCGAGUCUCAUAGUUGAGAUCAGAUCAGGACAUCCCUUGUCUUGUUAUGCCCGACGAACUGUGGACAAAAUAACUACAAACAUUUCCGAGCUUACUUGAUUAUCUUACAUCAAAUUUUUAAGCUCUGGUUGGAUUUGAGUGUCAGCUGGUGUUUUUAUCCUCGUUUUAGUCGGAGGACUUAAAAGAAGUGAGUCUCUGAAGGCAGAAAAAGUAUUUGUGUAAUUUAAAAUCCUGUUUGAACACAUGGAGAAGAAGUCUGAACAUUAACCAGAGAUUACAGGCUAGGCCCUUUGAUUUUUGAGGAGCAGUUAAUAAUUUGCGUAGACUUUUGCACUUCUUGUCCUCCUUUCCCACUUCUCACCCUCCGUCUUUGAGUCAGUCUUUGUGUAGCAGCUUUUCCUCAUCGCCCGAUCACUCUUGCAGCCAGAGCUGCCAGUUACAGAUGGACAGAAAACGGAAGUGGGUUUUAUCAGCCAAGUGCCACAAGCCUCUUCUUGUUCUCUUCUUUUUUCCCCUCCGUCUUUUUCUCCUUCUUUCCUGUGCAUGUUUUAACGAAGAUGAGACACAACACCUCGACACAGGCUCAGGGUUUUGUAAAGUGAGCAAAGAUCUGAGGAGAAGAUAGUGAGGAAUAUCUGAUGGAAGGAGUUGAUGGUUAGGUGACUGUGUUAUCCCUCUGAAACCAACUGUCUACUCUCCAUUCAAACAAGGAUAUACAUGGAUGAUGUGCGUUUAAUACAUGCAUGUGACCUGCUCUCUCAUGUUAUCAUCCGGCAUAUUAAAGCCGAGGAGGACAGUGACGCUAAUGUGCACAUUUCCUCUUGUUUUGAUCUUGAGGAACCAUCAUUGCUGCCCCCUCCCUCUCUCUCUCCUUCCCUCUCCUCCCCAGGGCAAACUGUAAUUUUCCCAUUCGGCUGAAACAUUGGCUCGGGCUCCUUUCUUUCUUUCUCUGCAGCACAGUGGCAACUGUUACCGUCUGUUGUGACUCAGUGAGGUUUGUCAUGGCCAAAUGUGCUUAUGUGCCUGACCAGAAAUGUACAGAGUGUGUGCUCAGCUUCAGAUGGAGGAUUACAAAUGCUGAUUAGAGGGGAAACGUGAGAGAGUUUUAAUUCUUUGUGCAGAAUUGGAGCUACUUUUGGCACUGAAAAUCAAUUUGAAACGUAAUCUUCUGAAACAAAUUGCUGCUUUUACAGCGUGUAACUUUAUAACCUCAUUCAAUUUGUAUUAAAUGAUGAAAUUAGUCACCAGAAAUUAAAUUUUCUCACAAAGACUUCAGUGUGCAGAUAACUUAGGAGAUGGAUGGCCUGUAAUAAAGAUAUUAGGCUCUUAAAUACAGUAUUUACGUGAGAUCAUCAAGCUUUUCAAGGCAAAUUGGCUUUUCUUUUUCAAACAAAAUUAACCUACAAGACCUAAACCUUCAUUUUCUCCUGCUAAAGCUGACUGUGACGUGAUCUUUAGUCAUCUGAUUUCAAUACAGUGUAAACAGGGAUGCUUUCUUCAGUGAAUGUAAAGCUAACGAGAGCCGUCUGAGUGGACAUCUUUCAAGUCUGUCAUUAAAACACCAAACAACCUCAUUGUGUCACUAAAUAACGUUUCAGAAAAGAUGGACGACAAGUUUCCAGCCGUGUUAGAGCUCAGUCAGGCUCUGUUUUCUUUUGUUUUUUUGUGUUUCUGAAUUCAUACCAAAUCUCAAAAACUCAAUUUUUAAAUUAAAAUUGAUAAUCGAUCAUAAAUAGAAAGAUUAGCUUUAUCAGUUUGACAUGAAAUCCACUCAGAUUGAUCAGCCAUGAGACAAAAUAGGCCUUACUCCAAUGGCUAGAGGUAGUUUCUGAAAGGUUUCUAUCGAUCCAUGAAUAAAUAGCCCGUCUUGGAUUAUAUACUAGAGGCGUUAUCUGUGUAAUAGAUUUAUGGCCACAUAAGUAAGGGAGAUGUUAAAGGUGAGACAAUACAGCAGCAAACAGAGGAGUGUUGGACUGUUAAAAUCAGUGAGUUGUAGUUAGCUGUAAACAGAAACUAUAUCUGCGUCUGCCGGUGUAGGUACCAGAUCGCUACAUUGCGCUCCAUUUAAUAAGUCAUAUGUUCUCAGUUAAAAGGCCCUCAUUGUUUUCUUUAUUUCCGUUUGUUCAUUCAGUUGACCUCGAAGUUUUCACUUACUGUACUGUGAUUCUUAGAUGGCUUUAAUUGUUUAUGUUAACUUUUCUAAAGGAAAAAGAAAAAGAUGUUCUCAGGAUCUCCGUUUAUCAAUAGAUAGUUUUGCUUUUAUUCCACAUUUCCUAAAAGAGGCGCUAGUCCGACUGUCCUAAAUCCCCUCUGAUAAGUAGCGAUAGAUUGCUUCGUAAAAUUCAUCCAUGUUUUCUCUGAAGAACUACAAUUCCAUGAAACCUAAUCCGGCCAAAACCGCUUCUGUAAUGUCCGGACCAACCAUAAUUCUCUACGACAUCCAAACUAACUUCCAGUUAUCAUAUAGUGUGACGUCAUCAACAGGCGCUUGGCCCCAAGCUAAUCUGGCAGCCCGAACCAUAGAAUCAUAGGAGCGUAAUCCAGUGUCGCCGCCAUGUUGGAUGGGUCUCCCCACUCCAGAUUCUUUCAAGAGCCAAACGCAGUAUUGAAACCAGAUCAUGUAGGAUUACAUUUCCUAAACAGGAUUGAAAAAUAAUUUGGUUUAAUUUUAAUGUGUGACAUUGUCCUGUAUUAUGGCUACAUCCCUGCCAUUGUAACAAACCAAACAGUGUGAAAAUCUGGGCAGAGAUUCGGAAAGAUUAAUAUGGUUGGGCACUCCUUCCUACCUUAAUGCACUGGAGGUGCAUGGGGGACCCAUCCAAGAUGGCGGCCGCGCUGAUACGUGAGCUCCAAUAGGCAGCAUCAGGCUUUGAGGCGUCUACGUAUAUUAUAUCCACGGCCCGAACACAUCUGGUACCUACACUGGGAAUAUCAACGAUUAAUUAUGAGACAGGAUAGCCAAAGGGUAUGCAGUUCAUCCUCAGGAGAAUAUGAAUAUGAACUAAAAUAUGUGGCAGAAGAAAUUUCAGUCAAAUCCUCAAAUGUAAACAUAAAAGUGGCACGAGUAGAAAAUCUAAGGGGUCAGCUGAAGUCGAUAAGAUUCAUUCUUUGGCGGCAUGGCAGUAAAUCCAGAAGUUGCUGAGAUAUUCUAGUCUGGACUAAAGAACAAUUUCAUCAACUCAAACUAUUGUUAGCACGUAGAUUGUGUGAUUGUCACUCUGACUCGUUGUGAGCCGUCCCUUUAAUCAAUAACUCGGAAUUAAAAUGACACAGCAGAUUUCUGCGCAUGCCUUCAUGACUCAUUAUGCAAAUCCUGGUCCUGUCAGCCCUGAUUUGAUGCAGUUUAAGUACCUGGCAGAUGUUCAGACUCGCCGGCUUUAUAGACGUGUGUUCUAGUUUGUCAUCUGAACUUUCCUCCAGAGUUUUAUUAUUCUUAUACUGUUCCCUCUGCCAUCUAGUAUUCAGUUCAUGCACACAGGCACUUUCAUAGAUAUUGUGGGACUUGUUUAGCUCUGACAUGGUGAAAAAGAAAAAGGUCAGUGAUAAAUGUGCAGCGGAAAUUGAAGUGCUCUUGAACUCGAAAGUUGAGUUCUGAAGUAAACACAGAGAGCAGCCGUUAAACAAAACAUCCAUUUGCAGUGAAUUGUAUCUAAUCUUGAAUUCACCAACAAAUUAACCUGGUAUGAUAAAACGUUCUCUGUUGGUAAUCAUCUGAAAUAUCAACUUGGAAUCAUCACAAGUUGUUAGAUUAGUUUUGCGUUAAGAAAAGUGAUUAUAAAUCCUUACAAUAAUCCUGUUAAGAUGGACAAGGCAACAAGCUUUUCUUUAAAAAUUCAAUUUUUGAUUCGUAUCCCAGGAAACCAGCGAAAUAAAGCCUCUUUUGUUAUCCUCCCCCCUCCUCUUAGACCCCAUCUCCCUCCCCACUUCCUUCCUCUCAUCCCUCCCAUCCCGCCCUCCCACUGCUCAGGUGCCUGUUCUUGUUGAAGUCGCUGGCAAUCGUGCGUUGCAAUCUGGUUCCUACACAUUCCUCUGUGCUUCUGAUGAACAGAAAAGCUCAUGAGGGACUUACAUCCCUCCUCAUCUUCAUUUCACUCACAAUUUUCCCAUUGUUUUCUCCUCUUCCUCUCUCCUUUUAAGACUCAUAACACCUCAUUUCCAUACCAGUCCGUGCUUUAUUCCUCCAUUUUAGACCAUAAUAUUAGGAAAAGUCUUGUCAGACUCAUUGCAUGCCCUACUGUUUACAUACACUGGCUGUGAGGCUUUCAAGGGUACCGUAGUGUUUGCAGCAUCCUGCAGAAAAUAAGGUGAGGUACUCUCAGAGGACGUGUCCCUGCAAUCAGUGUAUCGGGAUAUCAUUGCAGUAUUGGUUGAGGAUCAUUAACCUCCAUUAUUAGUGUGUGCUUAAACCUGAUGAUUAGUCACUUUACAGUAUCGACUUGACUUUCCUUCAGGCAGGGAAUCAGGGUGAAAAUAUCCCUUUAUUCUAACGCUUGCUUCUGCUGAAUCUUCCAUGAGAAGAAUUCCCCAGGUUUUAGUAAUUAGAUGAAAGUUUGGAGACGAGCAACUUUAUUUUUAGUUCAAAUUACAUGUGGACUCGGUGAACCCUGCACAGUCAAGACUGUGCCAAAUUACUCUGCCUCUCUCUGCGGUAUAUGAAGAAGAGAACAUAUCCUGAACACAUUACCGGGGCUUUGUAGUGUAGCUGUUCUAUUAUUAAAAAGACAGUUUAGGUAAAAGAUUUAUGACCAAAACAAAAGUGUCAAAACUGUCAAUGUUUGAAACCUUUCAUUUACAUCAGUUUUGCUGGAUGGGACUGUAAUAUCUCUAUGGCAAUGACUCUUUGUCCAAUGAUACGAUACAAUACAAUAUAAGGCAAUGUGAUAUGAGAUGUUACAAUAUGAUAUCAUGAUACGAAAUAAAACUUGCCACAUGUAACAAACCACUAACACAGCCAAAAAAAAACAAAAUACUGUUUGAAGGUUUUUCAAAAACUUUUUUUUUUAAAAAAAACAAAAAGUGCUAAACUUCCUCAGCUGUGUGAUUGCCAGUAACUUGCUAAUGCUAAUACUCGGUUAGCGCGUGUGCUUCAGGGUGCAGCGCGCAUGUGUGGGCGCAUAUACUAAAACACACGAGUCCGAGUUAGAGCCAAAAAAAAGUCAGUUUUAAGGUGUUGCGGCUUUUAUUUAGCCAUGGCAGCGCAACACGAUGAAUUGCACAUAGGGGGAAGCCUGAACUUGGUUGUGUUGCGUUGGGGGAGCAACAAGGCAACACAUGAGGCACAUCACAUGCUUGCUGUAGCUGCACGUAACAAGGGUGCAUUCAAGGUGUUUUCCCAGCCCAGAAACUUAUAGACACGCCACGCCAUGCGGUGCAUUAAUGGUCUUUCUUCAAUUAUAAUGGUUUUAUGAUCGUGAGAGGCCAAAAUUGAAAUCAUGAUAAAAAUUUGAUUAAUCAUCCAGCACUGUAUAGUAAUAUGAUAAGAUACAAUACAAUGCCAUAUGGUACAAUACAGUACGAUACUGCAUGUUAAAAAAUGAUACAAUUUGAUAUGAUAGGGUAUAAUAAUAUAACUUUAAUUAUGCAGCACCUUUUAAAAACAGAAAUUUAUAAAGUGCUUUGACAGACAAAACAGAGUAAAUAACAAUUAUGGCAGCAUAGGAGAAAGAGUGUGCAGGAUGAUACAAUAAAAUGUCUGAUAAAUUGACACAGAUGUACCAUUAUGAUGAUAAUGUAUUAGUAUAGUAUAGUAUCCUGGCUUAAUUGAUGUAUUUCAAGACAGCCAUGUCACAAUAUGUGAUAUAGAUUAGAAGGAAUAUACAAUAAAAGUAUGCUAGUAUUUCAAAGACAAAGUAUCCACAUUCAAAUGCACAAGUCUGGACCACGAAGAUAUAUAGUUUCAUUACUUUAAUCUACCCGAUUUAUAAAAUAAGAACGGUGAGGAAGUUGAAACCAUGCUCCAGUGCUUCGGUGAAUAUUAUGCAAAUAUGUUCCAUUAAGUUGAGACAGGGGAGCCUCCCCACCGUCUGUCAGGGUCUCCUGUCUCUUAUUCCUGGAGCAGUGCAGCAGUUGAGUAGGUGUCACCUCUAAUAAGCUGAGAAAACACCAACUGCAGCUCUUUACAUUAGAAUGAGAAAAAAAACACAUUAUAUAACACAGUGCCUUAAGAUAUACAGUAUAUUAUCAUUUCAGCUGACCUAUCUAGUUCUAUCAGGGAUCUAAAACGGUUUUGCUUAUGACAGAUUUUUGGGCCUAAAAUAACUCAGUGUGUUUUUUAAAUUUCUUCAGGAUUCAGUUUUUAUUGGCAGUGUCAGUCAUGUUCGAGCAUUCAGAUGAGUUUCCAACAGGACUCUGCCAAAGUGACUAAUUUUGAAACUCAGGUGAUGAGAUCGAACUGUUUAGUCACCUAAAUAUGCACAUCUCUAGUUCCUAAUAAUGCAGUUCCUCAUGAUGAUAAGAGAAAUAUGACUAAGCACAUCCGAACACUCAACUUUGACUGAAGCCAUUAAGAUGUUGAGUCAAGUUCAGAAAGCAGAACUACUUUAAGUUUCAACAUGAUUUUGAUAUCUGACGAGCUUGUGUAAUGUCAUUAACCGGCUUCAGACCAAUAUCUCAGUAUUUUUGAACAUCAGUGUUUUGAACACACUCACCAGUGCAGUAGUGUCUACUUUAUUCAGUGUACAUUCAGUUCCUCUCUGUCAUGUUCUUAUUUUGCACUUUUGGUUCAGGUGCUCAUAAUCUAGGUUGUUGAAGCACUGAAAUAACCAAUCAGAGCGAGCGACACUGAAAGUCCUGCCCCCAGGGUCGAGCUGUGGUAACCUGACAUUUAGUCAUGACUCAGAUGUUUGUGUGGGCAAAAAAAACACAUCAGUCCAAAACAUGAACAACUGUUUUAUGGAAACUUCAGCCCUAAUAAGGAGAUUAUUUUGUAUAUAUCUGUAUGCCGAUAGUUCACUAGUGCACUACAUCGUUUUCAGCGGUUUCGUUUUGAGAGAUGAUAGAAAAAAGUUAACGUUUUAAAGUGAGGUUUGGUGAAGUCGUCACUGAAUGAAAAAAUCGAAAUCGAGUUUUCAGAAGAAAAAAAUCAGGAUCUUAUUUUUGGCCAAAAUCGUGCAGCCCUAGAUCACACAAGUCUCUCCUGCGUCACUCUUCACCUGUUCCUCUUAUUGUGAGUCUGAUUUACAGACUAAACCAAACACAUUUGAUCCCACCAUAAAUGAUAAAUAUAUUCCCUUUUUAAAAAAAAUAAAGACAUUCACAGUUUCUGUAACGUGUCAGAGCUUCGCUGAGAGAUGAAAGUCGGGCUGAUGACAGGUUUUUAUGCUAGCUACUUUUUUUUGUUCUUGCUGUUUACAACACAUCAGAAUAUUUCCGUAAUGUUUGCAUACAGAUAAUAUUCUCAUUGUAAGCCGUCGUCGUGUGUUUACAGUGGUGUGUCACCUUAUCAGCUGCACAUAAAGGCAGAAAUUUCAGACAUGAACUUUUUAAGCUUUUGUCUCCUGACACCAAUAUCACACCAACAACACCACACAUCUGAAGUGUGUUACAGUCACGAUCGUGGAUGUUUCCUCCGAUUGCAUGCUCUUGCAAUUUCUUUUCAAUUUCUCUCUGUUUUCUGAUCCUGUCUGAGCUGCUGCAUGUCCAAAUGUCCAAACUUGUCAGCUCCAUCGAACAGGUUGUUCCCCCGUACAAUUCUCACAGUCCGCCUUUCCCCCAGUGGGCCUGUCUCUGUGUGACUCGGUGUUGCACCAUGGGAUACAUUAACCCCCCGGUGAGCCAGAUUAUAUCCUGGCAGGAGUUGAAUCAAAGCUUGCGUGAGCGUACGUGUGCACACUUGAAAGUGCUCACACUCGUGCACAUUCACACAGCUCACACGCCCACACAUCUUCACAAUGGGAUCCCUCCAUAUCUGAGAGAUUUUCCCAUACCUGUGUAAUUAUAUUACACUUAGAAAACACCCACUAAGCCACAGCUGUCCGUACAGUACACAGCGACCACCUACGCAAUCUUUUUACAGCCGCAGCCAGUUCCUUCCUCCUCGUCUGCUAAUAACCCUCUACGGCCCGUCUAUCACACUCACACGGACGCAUGCGAGUGUUGGAAAAAAAAAAGGAUGUGAGACGACACUGUGGCUGUGUGUUAGUGUGCGAUAUAGCCUUGUUUCCCAGAGACCCGAGGAACAGCUGCUCACACACACACACACUCACACACCUACACACUCUGUCUGGAACUGAGAGUGCCUGUAUUCACCGAGGAACAAGGCUGUUUCAUGGGUGUAUGAUUGUCUCUGUUUCAGCCGGACCGAAAUAGCCGGUCUUACGGUGAGUCACUCGACAAUGACUCGGGGGAUGGUCGGACUCGGUCGGUGCGUGAACACCACUCAAACUUUCUGUGGGCGCUCUUGACUUUCUGAACAUGUUUGUCUUUGUUUGCGCUCGCGUUGACAGCAGGUUGUUGUUGAGAUCUCAAGCUCUUAAUAGAUGUAUUUUCCACCAGGAUGGAAAGGAGAAGUGUGAUUACCUGCCGGAGGUGAAACUGUCUCUGUCCUUGUCAUCCCACCAGCUUUAACAUUCGGUUUCAUUACACCGGUGUUCUGUUUGAAGCUGUGUUUUCCCUGUAGAUGUGUAUUGAUUCAGCACAGAUUGAAUCAACAGAUAGGGGUGACCUUGAAUGUGUGUGUUGACGGUUUGAAGGUGUCCCGUUCACAGAGUAUUUGCAUGCUAAAUGGUUCUAACUGAACCUGGAACAGCUCCAAGGAUGCUCUGUGGUGGAUUAGGAAAGAGGAGAUGAACGCUCACGGCACGCUCUGCGGAGAGGAUUUUAUUUGAGAAAGGUGAAUGAAGAGAAAUGAAAACAGGGUCAGUUCCUGUUUCUGAAUGAACAGCUCCCGUUUCCUGACAGGACGGAUUAAAUCAUCAGCAGCCGUACGGGAGAUUUUCUCUUUCUGAGCCCAGUUACACCAAAACGAUGAUGAUGGUUGUAACAUGUGCUUGUAGAUCUACUCUGCUGUGGAAUAGUUUCCUAUUUUUCAAGGAAGCGCUGUUGAAAUAUUCUUUUAGUGGUUUUAAAGUCUUGCUUCCUGAUGGGCAACGAAGUAUGAGGGCCAGAGUUCGUGGACAAAGAUGGAGUUUUUCUCCAUGGUGGAGAAACGCAAAGAUAGAUCAUCAAAUUUCAGUGAAGACAUCAGGAUCACGAAAUGUAUCACUUGGUAAAAAUUUGGCUCAACUGGAGAUGAAAAUGUGAAAUUUUAUGAGAAAUGGAAUGACAGUCUUAUCGAGGACUGGCUGUUAUAGGUUACUUAUUUCAUUUCUCAUCAGUCCUCAUCGUAUUUUUAUGAUAAAUCGGUGACUUAGGAUGCAGUGAGAGGACGCAACUGGAUUGGACACAACACGACUAAUACGACACGACAUGACAUGAUAUGAUAUAUGAUAUAUGACAUGAUAUAUAAUAUGAUAAUAUCAUUAUAUCAUGUCAUACUAUGAACAAUGGUAUGGUAUGAUAAAAUAUGACUCUCAUGAAAAUCAAACAAUAUGAUAUGAUAUGAUAUGAUGCAGGAUAAUUGGUCCGCAGUAACUAUGAUACCAUAAUACUACACUACCGUGAUAAUCCAUAUACUACAAGAUGGUCAUAUAACAAAACAUUUGACAAACAUAAGGAUGAAAAAGUGUCCCUGAAAGGUAGAGUGAAGGAUUCGGUUUUAAUUUCUACUGCUUUCGUACCUUUGCUGGUCAGAGUCCUGGGUUGUCAAUAACAAUUUUUAGUGCUGGUAUAUUGAUAAUUGUGUCACGCAGGUCAUGUGAUACUGUUGUAGUAAGAAGAUCAAUAUUGUGUCCCUAUGAAAAGCUUCAUUUCUGUGUCUGUAAAAGAAUUACCUGAGAGUCCAUUCCUGUUUUUAAGAAUCCAGAGAGACUCUAUAAGAGACUUGUUUUGUCUGACCAACAGUCCACUGUAUGAUGUACUGAUAUUAUUAAAUACACAAUAAUAUGAAACAGACAGGAUUUAAACUCUCUAGAUAUGAUUGAACCAUAGGUUUUUAAGUGUUUCUCUUUAAAAUGUAGGUACUGCAGUUCAUUGAUAGAUCUAUGAGUAAAUUUUUUAAAUUUCUAACAGACUAAUCCUCUCAGUCGUUUUUACUUUAAAGAAGAAAUAGAGAUUACAACCCGGCGUUCCCCUCGGGACAUGAAGUACUGCACUCUUACUCAUCGCUGGCUCUCUUCCCAGGUCUGCACAUGGGGGCGGGCAAGAGCAAGCCCAAAGAGCCGGGCCAGCGCUCCAUGAGCCUGGACGGCACCAUCGGCACCGGCUCGGACAGCGGGCACUUCCACCAUCUGGGCCCCGCCCAGCAGACCCAAACCCCUAACAGGAGCCCUGCGGUGGGGACCGGGAGAAGGGGCCAUCAGGGGCAGCACCAGCUCGCCCCGACAAACACUCCUGAGCUGGCUCUGUUCGGAGGGGUGGACCACACAGGGACCAUCACCUCGCCUCAAAGGGGACCUCUGUCAGGUAGGUGAAAACUGGUUUUGCUGAGUCAGGCUAUUAGUCGGUCAUUUUGUCAAAGUUUUCUUUCGGACAUGUUUUUAUAAGACUGGAAUAAUCCGUCCCAGUCUAGAGUUCUCACAACAACAACGGAUGUUUUAUUUUGUGUCUGUGCCCGACUUCCUAUCAGCACGGGUUAAUCUGUGCUGAAUUUAUCCGCCAUGCUCCGGCGUCCAGGAAAAAUAGAACUCUUGUGAUCAGCUGCAGAGUUCGGUGAUCCACAGAGGAACGGAAAGAAGUCGGUGGAAAUUGACACAUUAACUUGAAUGGUUACGAUCGGCGGAUGCGACCUUUUCGUAGCCAUUCUGAAUGCGGUGGAAAUUGGGGGUUAGAGUUUUGAACAUCUGUCCUGUACCAGUAAAAAUCGAAGUAUCUUGAUACCUGCUCUGUUACUACAGCAACAAAAAACGGACUCCUAGACAUCCAAAUUGGUUCAGUCUUUGUCUGAAACAAAGCGAAUCAUUUCUAAGCCUCUGCUUCGUAUUGAUCAGUCAAACAGGAGAGUCGAUUCAACUUCUUCAUGUCGCUCUCUAAAAAGAAGCAAAUGAAUACUUCCCCUAAAAUGUCACACCACUGCUUCAAAUGUAAGUGACACGGUAAAACCACAUUUAUCUUGCGCACUGACCAGAAGAUUGCAGAAAAAAGCCCACAGCUUCCUUGUUGAGGUUUCAAAUCUGACGAGAACUUGGACCCGAGUUUGUGAGCAGAAAAACCGAAACUGUCCAAACUGAUUCACAGUGAGUCAUAGUUGCUCAGAACUAGAUUUCCAAACUGUUUCUGUUUCCCAACAUCAGCUGUCAAACCCUCUCUUUUACCUCACAGCCCGUCUCUCCACACCAAGCAGACUUUACUCCGCAUUAGACUGUAAUACGUCUAGACCGGCCAGAUGGUUCAUUUAAUGUCGCUCCAUCCAGAGAGCGAAGAGCUGCUGGUGCGUGAGGAGCUGCUCUGCUAGCCGCCUUCAUCCGUGUGACUAACGAGUCGAUCGAUGAUUGGCCGGAGAGCUCCCAGGUGCGGAUCACAGGUUCAUUAAAAAGAGGGCGGAGAGGCGGCACGGAAAAUGGAAAGAGCUCGGCGUGACGGCUUUGUCCUUCACGGACAAUCGGUCAUGAGCAGCCUGGAUGUCGAUAUUUCUCAUUAGGCCCGUGAUAAAUAGUUUUAUUUGGAUAUGAAGCAGAUGUAUCAUAAUAAGAUUUAUAGCUGCAGAGAGGAUGGAGCAAAUUAUCAUCAGGGCUGGAGCGGGAGUAAAUGUGAACGAGGCUUAAGGGGAAGUUUAAUCACAUUGUUCCCUAACUGUGUGUGUGUGUCUACUUCUCUGUGUGUGUUUUGUCUUGCAGGAGGUGUCACUACAUUUGUCGCGCUGUAUGAUUAUGAGUCACGGACAGCGUCUGAUCUGACCUUUAGGAAAGGCGACAGGCUGCAGAUAGUCAACAACACGUAAGAACUAACAGUCCUCUUCCUCCCCCUCUUCCUCUUCCUCUCUCUGAUUCCACGACCUAACCAAACACCGAACCAAACAGACAUGUAGUCGCACAAAUGUGUACGUGAAUGAACACAGACAGAGCCGGUAAAUGUGGAGCGAUGCAGACAACAAAGUCUGAUCUCCUCCAUCUGUUUGCUAAAACGGAGCAGAGCGGCUCUUUACUAAUGCAAUCUGUUCCUGUUUGGGUGACUGUCACUCGUCAUCCUCCUUAAAGCGAGCUUUUUAAAAACAUCUUCUCCUUAAUUUCCUCACAACACCUCAGAGAAAGGUUGAAGUUGGUCUGUGUUUCGGUGUAAUUAAACAAAGAAAUGUAAGUUUGCAGUAAAAGUCAGUGCUUUGAUUGUUCAGUUGUUGAUAGAGUAAAACAUCUGCUGUAUUAUAUUCAGAUGGAGGUUUUUAAUUCAUCUUUCCUUAUGAGCGUUUUCCUCAUCUUUCAGCAAAUAAAUGUAAUCUGUUCUUCUUUAUACGCAACUAUACAGCGGGGUUUGAGUCAAUGUCACAGCAAGAGAGUUUCAGUUUCUACAAUCCUCGUCCUGUAAAGUCGUGACGCUGUGUGAAUUUAAGAUGGUUUGAAAAUCAUUUAUAAUCUGAUGUUAGUGUAAAGUUGAGAUUUAAAACAUGUUAUUGCUUUUUGAAAAAUACUUAUAUGUUUAUUUUGAACUGUUUAAAAAUACCGGACAACAAAUCAGUGGCUUAAAAGCAACACUGAACAGGGCUCGACAGUGCGACCGUUUCACUCGCAUUUGCAACUAAAGAUAGAUGUGUGCGAAUUGUAAAAUAUAUUGAGGGUCACGUGUGCCUAAAAAAUCAGCCGAGGCAGCAGAAGUUAUUUAAUGUAAAUAACGCGGUGAAGUUAGUUUUAGGUUGAAUAUUUGAUGGACAUUCACUGUGGAUCUACCAGCGUCUUCUCACUCUCCAUAACCAGGAAUAACAACAGCAGCGCGGUUAAAUCUACUCUGUACCCUCGCAGUCAACGUCGGGUGUUGAAUAAGGGACCGUCAAUAAAUUACCAGUUGAUGUUCUCUAAAAAUGCUGUUUUCUGUCAAUAGCUUACAAGUGACGUGACCAAUUGACCAAAAAAUUUUUUUAAAAAAUAGUAGUACUACGGUCGACCAAUGAGACACACAUUAUUUGAUCAAUUUUCAAUGUGCCCCUAAAGUUCUUUGUGUGCUCCUUAGUGUCGAGCCCUGCUGGAGUAGAACCCUAGGUUUAUUAGCAACAGGUUAGUCACAUGACCAGGUAUGAAAAGAACAUUUAGAGAGGGAGAAAAAUGAAAAAUGUUCCUCAGUGUAAAAUUGCAAAGAAUCGUUUAAUAUCAUUGAAUUCGCUUUACAAAUUCAAUAAGGUAGAGCUAGAUGUCUGUGAUUUGAUCUUCAGGCCCUUUAAGUGCCUCUGCAUUAAAAAUAGAAAUGACUCUGGAGUGGAAAUCACAGCAUGGGCUCAAAAUCAGUAUCCAAAAGCAAACAUCUGUGAUAUAAUUUUCAAUUAAAUUCAAGUUUCAAAUGAUUUUCAAACCAUCAAAAUCUGUUUGUGUCCACAUUUUCCACAGCGUCUCGACUAUUUCAAACUGGGAUUGUACUUUUUAAGUAUUUUAUUUAUCACUACUUAAAGUAAAUCUGGACUCAAAAGUUGUGGAAUUUGAUCUGAAGCGAGUCCCACAUGAUCCCUCUCUGCUUCUGUGAUCAUUUAUAGAGUAUAUUUCCACUAUCUUCUAUUCCUGAAGUAAUAAAACUGAAACAAACGUCGCUCUGAUUGGAAUAGGAGCUUCUUUAAAAACACAGACGUUCACACAGACCCCGCUGUGUGGUCCCUCAGCAUUAUCAGCUCCUCUGCUGUCUGACUGUCCGUCUGUGUUUCUCGCCUUGCUGCGUCUCCUGGCUGUGUUUUUGAUGUGUCUGCUGUGUCUGUUAUCUCUCCCUCUCUCUUUCUCUCUAUCCUUCUCAUGCUUCAUGGUUUCUCCUAGGAAAAAGUACAGCUUCAGGUCAGUAAUACUUAAUGCAAUAAAAAAAAAAAAAAAACCUCACGCAACCUUUUGUUCGCAGUCCCUCAGCCGCCGCUCGGGUUUGUUUGAUCAUAGUGUAACUGUGAUAAAUUAGUUAUUAUUAGAGAUGGAGGGAAACAUGCUCUGUAGGCGACAGAUUAAAGGGAGUUAAAGAGUUUAAAGUGUAAAGUGAGGGACGACGAGCGGAACAAAAGGUUGCCUGUGUUUGCCUGUUUCCUCUUUUAACAAUGAUUUUCUUCACGUUACCCUGAACUCUGGUGUGGGUGGGAAGUGUGUGUGUGUGUGUGUUUUUAAGUCCUAACCUUUAGGCUUCCUCUUUCAUAUGUAAAGAUCCUUUUGGCUCAUAAGUCAAAGAGUGUGGGUGUUCGGCUUGUUAAUGAGGUUCAUAUUUCACUGGGACACAUUCUGUAGCAUCCUGUGGUGAAUACACUGUCGUGUUUCCAAACACUCGGUUACAGGUUUUCAAAUUAGGAACAAGUCCAAUAAGAAGGACCAAAAUAAAUGUACUCUACGAGCGAGUUUGGUCUCUGCGGAUCUGAAAUGUUGCCCAAGAUUCAUUGAAGAGACACGAAUGAGGCACAUUCUGGUUUUUAAUGAGUCAUCGCCAUGUGUAACUUCCUCAGGCUGUAGAGACACUGAAGCGUAGGCCUGGGCGAUUUGGCAAAUAAAAUGAUCACGUGAUAUUUUGUCAUAUCGUCCGAUCUCGAUUAUUAUCACGAUAUUUUUUAAACUGCCAGUUUUAAAGCAUCUGAACUACAAACUGAAGAAACUAGAGAUUAGUUCAACAUUUUAUUAACAUACAAAGUAAAUAACAAAACAGAUGCUCCAUUAGCUCCACGUUCGGUCAUUCUGUUUACUCUCCCAGUUUAUACUGCGUUCAAGUUAUCUCAGAAGUCAGAUGUCCGACCUGGGAAUGACGUCACACCUGAGUUACCAGCGUUUCAGUCACCGAGUCAGAAAAAAGCAAAAUCAGAGGCGGGAAGAGACGGCUACAUCUACGAAAGGGGACGCUAAAAUAACUUAAAAUAACUGAAAUAAGCGCUAAAAUAACUUUCGUAGAUGUUGCCAUCUCGUUUCUGCCUCCAAUUUUUCUUUUUUUCGACUUGGUAACUGAAACGCUGGUAUCUCUGGUGUGACGUCAUUUUCAGCUCUGAUAUCUGACUUUUUCACCGUGAUCGAACUGAAAUUUAUCCAAUCAUAUGAUCGCCCAGUCCUACGUCUAGUGCACAGAAAGUUUUCAUCCACAUCUAUAAAUAGCUCCUUACACACGUGUACAUUUUCAGUACUUUACGAUGAAUAAUCCUUUCAUUUUGAGCGACAUGUACGUGUCUGUAUAUUAAUUUAAAAAGUAGAUCAGUACCAAUGUUCAAAUUUGGUCUUUUCAUGGUUUGGGCUGCCAAAAGUUACGAUAAGUCGCAGAGACUAAAAUAUCGUUGUAGCAUUCAUGCUGUUUGCCUCAGUCAGUUUUCCCUCAAUGGUUGACUCUUGCCCUCUUGUUUUCUUUCUCUCUCUCUCUUGUUUUCUUUCUCUCUCUCUCUCUUGUUUUCUUUCCGUCACAGAGAAGGGGACUGGUGGCUCGCCCGCUCACUAACAACAGGAGAGAGCGGAUACAUCCCAAGCAACUACGUGGCUCCUUCUGACUCCAUCCAAGCAGAAGAGUACAUUAAUCCUCUCUAUGUUUCACUCUUGUAGAUUUGAAGGCUCUUGUUUCUUAGUCUAAAGCCUGAAUGUUGCACCAUACUCAAUGCUAUCUCUAUCCUUAGCUAAUACAGAGAGUAUAGAGACAGUAUGUUCAGAUAUACCUCCCAGUGCAGCUGUCUAUAUUUCCUGUGAAAAAGUCCUCUGCCUCCUCCAGACGCUCAGUAGUAGCUCCACACUGAUCUCAUUCUCCGUGGCCCACUUUGGCAGGUGGUAUUUUGGGAAGAUCACUCGGCGCGACUCGGAGAGGCUCCUUUUGAACUUGCAGAACAGACGAGGAACCUUCCUGGUGAGAGAGAGCGAGACCACGAAAGGUGAGCGAGAGCAGACGUCUGCGUCACUUCAGAGGUUACAGUCGUUAUCAAGAUGGGCCAAUUAAUGCUCCUGCUUUUCUCCCCCGCCUGUUUAUUACGAUGCAUUAAAUCUGAGUCUGUCAGGUAAUUCUCUCUCUGAUAAAUGAGAGUUAUGACAUUUUGUCAUGACUGUGUUGUCUUAAAUUACUUUGAAUAAUAAGUCUCCAGCUCUGCAUUUGAAAAUCCCCGUCAGGAGCAUUUCGUUAACAUCAAAUUUGCUGUUUCUUCUUAUUCUUCAUCCAGUUUACCCCCCUGCAGAUGGUUUUACAAAUUAAAAAUCACUUUAUAGAAACAGUCUUUUAUCUUGCUAAUGGUUUUGUUUGCUUUUAUAGCUCAUUAAGAGACAGGAGUAGUCGUUUCAGCUUGUUUUAUAACCAGUAAAAAAAAACUCCCCACAGGAGCUUUAGGCUAAAAAAAAUGAACUCAUCAACAAAAACUGAAGCUCCUGUGAGGAGUUUCACCUGAUAUAACCUGAAAAAAUGACUAAUGACCAAUAAGAGAUUAAAAAAGAACAAACGCAGGAUGAGUUUUUUAUUAUUUUAUUAUUUUAUAUAUAUAUAUAUAUAUAUAUAUAUAUAUAUAUAUAUAUAUAUAUAUAUUGUACAUGCACAAGAAAAAAAAGAUCAGAAUAAGGUUUAUUGGCCAAUACAAGAAAUAUGAUUCUGUCAAACUUUGCUUUUAUUCAGUAAACAUUAAAUAAUAUGCUAAUACAGUUGGGGUGGGAAUCACCAGUGGUCCAAGGAUACAAUACUAUCACUAUACUUGGGCCAUGAUACGAUAUUAUCACGAUACUUGGGCUUCGAUACGAUAUUUUCCCGAUACCUGGGCCACGAUACUUGGGCGGCGAUUAGAUAUUAUUGUGAUUUUUAACAUUUUGCAAUACAGUGAGUAUUGUGCUCCAAUUUUUGCGAUUUCUUCAAUUUUUUUCGUAACUGUUUAGUUAAUUUAGCAUUAGUGUUUCCUUUAUGUUUGUCUUAUUUACGCUGUAUUUUAUUUCCAUGUAGCACAUCUUGCUAAUCUUAUAUAUGUAUUUGUUGCACUAACUUUUUCCUGCUCUAUAAUGCCAACCUCACUGGACAAACAGUUGAUUUAUUUUUCCAUUAUCAUAGAUUUGACUUCAUAUUAGCAAUAAAUUAGAAAAAAACUGUACUUAGUAAAUGAGACAAAACAAUAUAUCACCAGACAAAAUAUUGCAGUAUUAUGCUCUAUCAAUUUUUUUUCUCCCACCCCUAUAAUAUAUGCGAGCCAACUUUACAUAUCAAACAUUUAACUUAUAGAUACAAGACUGUUCAACAUAAUAGUGCAAAGGAAACAGAAUAAUAAAGAAUAUGUCCAUAUGUCCUGAACAUGCACAUAUGUAAUUAUGUAACAGAUGGGCUCAUAUAUGGAGUAGAUAUCCAUGCAUUUUCAUACAGCAUUGAUCAUGUGCGUGCCAGCUGAAGGGAUGAGAUAUUCAUGAUUAGUGGUGAAGUAAAAUCAUGUUAGAUUCAUGAUCAGGGGUCACUGAGAUCCUCACAGACUCCAUCUUCUUAAACACGCUUUAAUUUAAUGGAAAUAUUUAAUCUAUUUCAUUCUGUUUUUGAUGUUUUUUUCUUGGGCUUUUUUUCAUCUGCGUGAAGAAAGUCAGAGAGAAAAGGUUCAGAGGACAGCGAGUGAAAAAGGGCUGCAGCCUCUGUGCAUGGGGUGCAGUUUGGCCUCUAGGCUGAACUGCUUCCUCAUUUCUUCACUUUUUUUUAAAAAAUGAUUUGAAGAAAAAAAACAAAAAAUGUUCUAAAAUGCAUUUAGGAAUUUUUCACAACUUUUUGACAUUUUAUACACCAAGUGAUCAGUCUAAUUUGACUGAUAAUGGGCUUUAUUAUGAGGAAAAGAGAAGCUCGAUGUAGCAGCACUGCAUCCAAACAUUUCCAAACGUCUCUGUGACAAAUUGAAGCUCCAUAUAAGCAAAGAUUAUAAUAUGGUAGACAGAGUGACAGAGCUGUCGAGCUGCGCCUCCUACAAGUUCACCAGCAUGUCAGGAGCUUUGUGUUUUUCCAGUCGGAGAAAAAGUACUGACUAGAAAACACGAAACAUAAAAGCUCGUUGUUCUGCUCGCUGAGUUUCUAAAACGUGUGAAAAAAGGAGGUGACGACGCCUUCAUCAUCGUGUCCCUCGAGUUUUCUCAGCACAGUGAGUGCGAACUUACUUUGAAUUAAGUCGAUCUUCAGGGACACGAGCUGAAAGAGGAAGCCGCUCAUAAUUAAGUCAUUUGUUAACUUUCACACAGGCCGGUAGUGUUGUAUCUAGAUCUCAAAAAAAACCCUCUGCUGUCUGAUCUGGUCCCUGUGACGUAGGUGAGCUCUUCAGGGGGUUGUUUUUUGGAGGAAGUGGGGGAAGAAAUAGGAAAAGAGCUCAGUGGAGUGGAGUGGAGCUGGUGAAUGGAUAGGGGUGAAUCACUCUGCCAGAACUAGGUCAACCUAGGAGGGUGCUGGAUUUCCCUGUGGCUAUAAGUCUCUGUUCUCCAAGAGAGAGGGGAGGGAGACUUGUAGGAAAAGGGGGAGGAACAGGCAGAGAAGGAGGAGCUCUGGCAGGAGGUGUGUUGGCCUCUGGCUUAGUUUGGAUUAGAUGUCAAAUGUGAGGCUCUGAGUUUGACAGAGAGGAGCAGAAGCACGCUGCUCCAAGAGUAGAUCACGCCAGACUGUGAAUAAAACAUCUGAUCAGACGCACACAGGUCCAUGUUUUGGUGCAGAUGAAUUAUAUACUGUUUAGCAUGGAUUGUUUUUUAGCAUGAAAGGUUUUGGAGAUCCAGGGUUCCUCUGAUCGGGUCCUCUCAGUUAAAUUCCUGUGUGUUUACGAUCACUGCAGGGAGGCGAGUUUUUCUUCAAGAGGGGUUUCUUUUCAGUCAGCAAAACUCCAGAUCAAAGAGAUUGAUUUUUCAUUUUCCUUCACUGUGUUACAUCCUCCCUGUGGAGCUGAGGUCUGCUGAACCAGCUCAGCUCUUUAAACCACACUUUUGAGGUCUUCAAGACUUCGUUUCUUACACGUCUUUGACCCUUCGACCUUUUUUUUUAGCCGCUCUUUAUCUUUUGUGUUUUAACGGUUGUUUUCUAACGUCAAUGUUAUCAAAGUUCGGUUCAGUGAGAUCAAACCGGGGGAGAAAGGAGGGAAAGGCGUCUUUGCAUUUCAAGGGCCCUUUGAGGGGCCAACAGGGACUCAGCCUGCACAGCUGCUGUGUCAGGAGAGUCUCCGGAGCAGCUGUCACACAGGCCCAGAUCUGUCCGCUGUCACUGCUCUAACCUGUCUCCGUCUGUCUGUCACAGGAGCAUACUGCCUGUCAGUGCUGGAUUAUGACAACACCAAAGGCCUGAAUGUGAAACAUUACAAGAUCAGGAAGCUGGACAACGGAGGUUUCUACAUCACCUCCCGUACCCAGUUCACCAGCCUGCAGCAGCUAGUCUUCCACUACCGCAGUGAGUCCAGCCGCCCUCUCAUGGUCAACAAACCACCGAGGAUGUGAGGAUGUGAGGAUGUGAGCGCGGUCCUCGGCUGACUCCUCUGCUUCCUUGUCUUUCAGAGCACUCUGAUGGUCUGUGCCACGCUCUCACAGACGUGUGUCCCGUGGCCAAACCUCAGACCCAGGGACUGGCCAGAGACGCCUGGGAGAUUCCCCGAGAGUCUCUCCGCUUGGACCUUAAACUAGGACAGGGCUGCUUUGGAGAAGUCUGGAUGGGUAAGAAUCACACACUGAUACAGACUGACGCUCUUACUCUGUUCGCUUAAAAAUACAGCGUGUGAAUCAAUGUGGAGGUUAGUAUGGUAGGAACGAUUACAAAGAUUAUAUUCUUUAACUACUGAUCUAUUGGCUUUGCUUUAGUAAUGCAAACAUUGGGUUUUGUAAAUAUGUGUUAAUUAACCUAUGGAAUAGGGCUGCACGAUUUUGGCCAAAAAUAAAAUUCAGAUUUUUUUCUGAGUUUACGAUUUUGAUUUUUUAUUCAGUGACAACUUCACCAAACUUCGCUUUAAUAAUAAAAAUUUUAUCGCAUAAAACAAAACCACUGAAAAAAUUUAUGUAGUUCAUAUGCCAAGCCAGUAAGUGGCGAUGUAACGCUGCACAGGAAAUGCACAAAAGUCAGAAGAAGAGUGCAGAGCAUGUGUAUAAAGGUUGUUUCGGCCAGACAAACGCGCAGACGCCAUAAAAGAGUUACUCUGUGUGUCACAUGAUCGUUUCCAGAGAUGCAGAUAGACAUCCACACGGAGAUGAAAUGGUCGUUGUUUACAGAUUUAUUCACUCUCUGACAUGUUUUAAAAAAGUACCGUUUACAGUCACCUGAAACGCCGAUACGACAAAAAACUUUGGCGUUUACUCCUGAAUUCGUUUCCGUGGUGACGGGUUGAUACCGCCUUCAGACAGACUUUACAGCGGGGAGUGGUUUACUCUUCAUCUGAAACUGUGAAGUCGUACCAAUUCAACACGACUGACUCGCUCUUGUCCUAUUUAACCACGAAAUUAUCACCUUCUUUUGCAAACGCCAUGUUUGUUUACACUGGUGUGUGUGGGACGCGGUUUUUUUUGUAGGACGGUAGGAGAAAGUCCCGCCUCCUUCACCUCUGAUUGGCUAGAAAAGCUGAAAACUGAACAUUACAGAACACUAUCGCACUUCUUAACCUCCUAACCCUAACCCGACAGACGAUGACGUUUCACAGCCAUUAGGAAUAACCAAUCAGAGCCCAGCACUUCUAGCCAAUCAGAGGCGAAGGAGGGCGGGACCUUCCCCCUACCAUCCUACAAAAAGAAAUUUGGCCUCCUGCAGGAACGGGGAGCCUACGGUGGCCUGGAGGCGUGAGACAUGAUAGAGAGGAAAAUCGAUUUGAUGAUUUUAAUUUUUUAUACAUCAUCAUAAACAAAUAAUCCGAUUACGAAAUAAAAUUGAUUUAUCGUGCAGCCCUUUUUAAGCUAUUUGAAAAUUUUGAGGAUUAUUUUUUGCUGUUGAAGAUGAAAAGAGGAACGUUUCUAGGAGAGGAAGAAGGAGACAUGCAGGGAAAACCUGAGGCUACGUCUGCUGCGUUCAGGUCUAUGGCCUCAGUUUAUGUGCCGAGCUAAACUGACUCCCUCCAACGACAAACAUCCGGGCUGACAGGCUUCUCCAUGAUCACACAGCCGAUAGUGAGAGAUAAAAUCAGAAAAGCUGUCUCCCUGAAAUCCUAAACUAAUCCUUGAAUCUACUACUCUAGAGGAGAUCUUACAGUGAUCCUGUUUUGUUACUUUUCUUUCCCUGACAGGUACGUGGAACGGUACAACACGGGUAGCCAUUAAAACCCUGAAGCCCGGCACCAUGUCUCCAGAGGCGUUUCUUCAGGAAGCUCAGGUCAUGAAGAAGCUGAGGCACGAGAAGCUGGUGCAGCUGUACGCCGUGGUGUCUGAGGAGCCGAUCUACAUCGUGACUGAAUACAUGAGCCAAGGUAGACCAGGAACCAGACUCUUAAAGCUGCUGUGAGGAACGUCUGAUUCGGUCAAGAGAGAGAGAGAGAGAGAGAGAGAGAUACCUCAUCUGUCUUAUCUUGUGUAUUUGAAGAGAACUGUUGUCAAACUAAAAUCUUCAUCCUGUAAUCUUUGAGUCUGUGAGUGUCUGUUACGGAGAAAGUCACAAAAGGCAGUUUUUUCAGCCUGCCGUCGAUCAUCCGGUCUGACACAAACCCCCUACAGCUGUUCUAGGUCAUAAAAUCUACAGCAGAGAAAACAUCAGGCUUGUUCCUGAUGGUCUUGUUUGCUACUGGAGUCAGUAUCAGUUCUUAACCAGUUAAAAACUCCUCACUGUGCCUUUAAGAAUUCUGGGUAUCAAAGUUAAACUGUGUAUUUUUGUUUUUGUACCAAAAUCUUUAAACCUUGCUGAUCUUGCACUUUCAGGUAGUUUACUGGAUUUCCUGAAAGGAGAAGCAGGAAAGAUGCUUCGUCUGCCUCAGCUCGUCGACAUGUCUGCUCAGGUAACAUGACUCACAGUUCACCUGCACCAGUCUCACUUAUCUUCAGGGAUGGAAAUCAUCAAGAAUUUAGCAAUUCUAAUUCCAUUAUCGACUGAUUCCUUAUCGAUUCUGAGAUCGAUAAGGAGAAAAAACUACAUAAUACAAAUGGGUACCGUAUUUUUCGGACUAUAAGGCGCACUUAAAUUUUCUCAAAAACUGACAGUGCACCUUAUGUAUGAUUACUUGUUGUGCUUACUGACCGAUUUUAUGUCGUACAAUGCGCUUAAAAAUCUGUCGUAAUGUGUAAGUACGACUUUGGUAAGCAAAUGUUUCUGCAUAUCAGAAGUAUUUACCCCCUUUGACGAAAUUAAAGCUUCUAAAGCUCUAAAAAAGCACCGGUUAUCGAUUGUCAUCCCUACUUAUCUUUGUACGUCUUCUGAGAAUCUCCGCCCUCUCUUUCUCCUCUCUGCCUGCAGAUUGCAGCAGGCAUGGCCUACGUGGAGAGGAUGAACUACGUCCACAGAGACCUGCGAGCCGCAAACAUCCUGGUGGGAGACAGUCUGGUGUGUAAAGUGGCCGACUUUGGACUGGCGAGACUCAUCGAAGACAACGAGUACACGGCGAGGCAGGGUAAGUCCACCGCAGAUUCCUCUUCUAUUCCUUUUACUUUGAACAUGAGGUGGAUGAAGUUUUAAAAUGAGUUUGUUAAGAGAUUGAAAGUAUCUAGAAGUGGACGGACAUGUUUCUGGGUGUUAUUAUAUCACCCAUUCUUGAGAGUCGGGACAAAACAUGUCCUACAUAGAAAAGUCUAAUUUAUUCAAAACAAUUAAGAAAUUCUAAAUGUUUGACAUACUCAAAAAGUUAAAUCUAAUGGAUUUGUGUAUACCAAUCCUAUUUUUUAGCACAGAUAUUUACUUUUUUGAAGGAUAUUUGUUUAAAUGAAACGUCUGUGGUUAGAAGGUCCAUGUUAUUGCUUGUGUCCUCAGCAAGAGGUCACAAUAUUGACCAGCGCCAAAAAACUUUAAAAAACUCUAUAAUUGUGAAAACAUAUACAUCAAAUAAAAAUUCAGGGCUAUAAAUAUAUAAACAAUGAAUGGCCUGAACAUCAAAUAGCUUUUUGCCUAUAAAUCUGCCUAUCAAAGUUGUGUCCUCAGUUUCUGUCAACUCCAUCAGAUUAUUCUAUAAACCUCAUUAAAUCAUGCAAUAUCAUGGUCAGCUAUAUCCCUGAGGACCCCUUUUCAUUUCCUGCUUCUGGUGAAUGCAACACCACCACACAUGGUCUGGUAGGUUUUACAGUUUUUGAUAUUUUAGACAAACAAUGUCAAUAUUUGUAUGGUCACAGCUGGACCAUGUCAACACCGUCUCUCCAUUAUUAUACUUUUUUUUAAACCAUAGUGAGUUCAAUUAAAGUAUUUUAGUGAGAUUAUCAGGACAGCUAGCAACUGCCAAAAAAGUAGCUAGCUGCACUGUACAAUAAAUGUUUUGGAGGGAAAAUACAUGCCCUUACGUCAACUCCGUCAGACGUCAACUCCGUCAGAUUUUGUGUCUGACGGAGUUGACAUGUAAGCUGAUGGAGUUGACAAAUCCACCUAUAACCUCUUAAUGUGCUGACACUAUGCUAUUUUUGAACAUGGUUAAGGAUAACAAUGUUAUUCCAGGGUCUUAUCUGCACAUAAAAGUACAUAUAUAGCAUAUAUUACGUUAUUUUACCAUAUACUUCUGUUUUGUAGAGUAGACCAUGGGCAGGCUGUCUGCUUAAUUAUAACUGUCAAACUUUCCCAACACACACACACACACACACACACACACACACCUAAUCUCAUUGAUUGAUUGAUUAAUGUACAAUCCUGAAGGUGCAGUAUGUAAUUUUCACUACCUAAAAUCUACACACUGGCUUCUUAUAGAGUGCGCAAGAAGUUCUAUGUUGCUCUUUUAAACCCCAGUGUAGGUGGGAUACCAGAUAGAAGAAAAAGGUUAUUAUUUUUACAUUGUUAACUUGGACCCUCAGACCUUGGGCUCUAUUUUUGUGUCCACCGGCGACAUGGCGGAGGGUGGCGAACCCCGCGCAGUGGCAUUUUCGUCUGGCGGAGCUCAGCGUACAGCCAGUUUGGUAUUUUCGUGGACUGAGGUGCACUGAGGUCCGCCAAGCUGGGCGUGGAUGUGUGGCAGGGUGAGGUGUCCACAGAAUCAGCUGGUGCAGUGACAUUUUCGUACUUGUUGCCGGCGUGUAAAGUGCGCUGAAAGCUCGCAGAUUCAAACCUGGUCAGCUUUCAGCGCAGGUGGAUCCGGAUGGGCUAGUGGUAUUUUGGGAGACCGGCGGCAUAUCGGACUCACCAGCAGGUUUCCACAGUGUCAGGAACAUUUCCGUGCAAUAAAUAAUCAAUAACAACUAAUAAUCUGUGUCAGCACAUACAUUUAGAUCUAUAUCGAUAUAUUCUGAUCUAUAUCUGAUCUGAUGAGCGCAUUUGGCAUGCGUUUGGACACUCAACCUGACCAAAUUAACACAGCUGCUGAAUCCGCAUGAAAUUGAAUCAAAUAUCUAGUAAAUAAACACACAUGAUGAAGUUAACAAGAUAUUUAAUUUGUCUGCCCCCAUUUCUAGCUUCCUCUUCCUCUUAUUUCUCGCGCAGCUCAACCUGGACAUGUCUUUGUGUCCUCUACCCGUCCUGCUGCAGCUGCUGCUGCGGCAGCUGAACAGAUGAUUUGUUCCAGUGAUCAGAUGAGUUUUUUACUUUAAGCCUACAUACAAAUAUUAUAAUAAUCAGUUUUGUGAGCCAAAUUUAUUUUAUAUGCCAACAUCUAUGAAAGAAAGAGCCAGGCCACGGAGCGCGAUUUACACACAGAUUGGUUCCGAUUUUAAUGCCAUUAUUGGAAUUUAUGUUGUGACCUUUGCGCACAACCCACCUUUGUCACGUGAGGUUUAAAUAUAUGCAAUUUAAUGUGAUUGUCUUUAUUUGUGGAAAAGGGUGUUUGUCUUACCAGUGGGUCCAACAUUACACACACCAAAUCCAUCUGUGCUUAUAUGAGACAGUGCGGAGGACGCCCAAUGCAGCGCUUACAGUGACACUUGUUGAGGAGCUGCCUUCUGUCGCCAUCGUGUGGCAUUGCUGUCUUCAGACAUCUCUUGAUCUCUUUGACUACUUCACGAAAAUGGUAAUACGCCUCGCUAGUGGCGGAUUCAAAGGCGAGAAGAGCUGAUGUUAUUGGUCAAUACAGGUCUCGGCUGUGUUAAAUCCACUCAACGCCCUCUCUCCUCCCUCCCUAUGACCUACGCCGCUGGAAGGAGCUGAGUUAGGGGAGGGGGGAUACUUAUGCCGGGCUGCACAACUCACCAAAAUACGAAAAUGUGCUUGGAAACGCCUUGUCGGCGCGGUGGUUAAUUGCAUUAACGGUAUGUUCAGUAUGAAAACAAGGAGUUAUUAGUUCUUAAUCUAUUUUCACCUAUUGACCUAUUGUCAAUCGGUUUAAAAACACAUUUGUUCAAUAACAUAUGCAAUGUCAUCAACUCCGUCAGUUUCUCGUCAACUCCGUCAGGUGUUCGUCAACACCGUCAGAUGUAUGUUUUUCUUCAAUUUUGGAGAAAAAAAAAAUUGUUUCUUCAGUUUAUAUUGUUUAAGUAAUAAAGGAGCAUUGGCUCUACAUCCUCUUGUGUCUUAUUUACUUACAGAAAUUGUUUUUAUAAUAUAAAAAUUAAAAACAAAGUUUGAAAAUGCAACUAUUUAGAAAUCUUGGUUUUCAAAAUAGUGUGAAAUCACACAUUAGGUUUAUAUAUUAUAUUUCAUGGCAUAUCAGAGUAACUAAACACUAUUACAACAUACAUCAGAACUUUAGAUUCUUGUUGGACUAGAAUUAUUAAAAUUAUAUUCUUUUUUGUGUGUCUGAUGGAGUUGACACAAAUCCACUGUCUAAGGGAAACAUAUUAAUUUAUAGAAAAAAUGUUUUUAUUUAGAGCCUGUUCCUUUACGGGGUUAAAUAGCUAAGACCUUUCUCUACAGUAAUAAAUAACUCUAAUCAAUAUAGUGUGCAUUCUCAAAAAAAGUUUUUUAGGAAGUGUUUUGUCCCGACUCUCAAGAAUCCCUGAUAUGUGUCUUAAAACAACUUUACUUUGUAUCGGUAGGAGCCAAGUUUCCAAUCAAGUGGACAGCACCUGAGGCGGCUCUGUACGGUCGAUUCACCAUCAAAUCUGAUGUCUGGUCUUUUGGUGUUCUGCUCACAGAGCUGGCAACUAAAGGCAGAGUCCCCUAUCCAGGUACGGACUCCACAUGACCUACAGCACCUGAAUAUUUCCACAUUCAGUCAUAACAACUGUAUUCAAACAGCAUCUGUCAAAGCUACCGUUACAAAACAGUCAUAGAAAAAUCACAGCAGGAGGAAUUAGAUUCAAAAUACAACAUUUAAAAAAAGGAUCGACCAAUAAGCAGCACGGCCGAUAAUACUGGCUGAUAUUCAACAUUUUUGCAAUAAUCAGCAUCGGACGUUUUUUCCACCAAUAGUCGAUAAUAUAAGUUUAUUUUAAAAUGUGCUCGUUCGGCUCUUAAACAGCCGCCUCUCUCUACCUGAAGUCCCCACUCUUGGCUGUGUAACAAUGUCCCGCCUACAGUCUCCACCGAUUGGCUACACAGACAGCCAAUCAAUACUCGAGCUUCUCGGUGCGGGUGUGUGCCGCCGCUGCUUUAUUUUAGCCUGCCUCUCAACAAACGGCAUCAUUCCCGAGGCUCAAGCUUCACAAUCAAAAAUAAGAUUCUUCAACUUACACUUCUCAUAAAACCACCUGCUCACAGUUAUUACAAACACCAUGAAGCAUGGAGAACUCAAACAAAAGAAACAAACUAGCAGGUAACAACACCGCCAGUAGUGGUCAUAUGGAGCUAGCAUGCGCUACUUCCGGUUCUUUUUUCAUUUCAAAAUAAAAGCAUGUGUUUCAAAAUUAGACCAAAAUAUACAUUUUUACUGCAAAUGAAUAUCGGUUUCCUUGAUUACUAAUAAUCGGUCUCGGUAUUGACCCUUAAAAAUCCAUAUCAGUUGUUCCUUAGUUUAAAUAUCCGUUAUGAGCAUGUUUCAUUUAUGAUAUUUUAGGGAUAUACAUGAAAACUUCUGGUGUUAUACUGAUCGAGAACUUUGUUUUAAUGAGACAGUUUGUUUUCCCGUCAUGUGACCCUAACCCCGUGUUCCUCCGCUCAGGUAUGGUUAACCGUGAAGUGCUGGACCAGGUGGAGCGCGGCUACAGGAUGCCCUGCCCGGCCGAGUGCCCCAGCUCCUUACACGAGCUCAUGCUCUCCUGCUGGAGGAAAGACCCGGAGGAGAGGCCGACGUUCGAGUACCUGCAGGGCUUCCUAGAGGACUACUUCACCUCCACAGAACCCCAGUAUCAGCCCGGGGAGAACCUAUAGAACCACACUGAACCAAACCUGGGGAGGAGGAACCCCCCCUACACAGAACAAUCUGCACUAAAUGACCUCAGAGGAGAACCUGCAGGAGGAUCUGAACCUGUGAAACUCACCUGAGAGGAACUCCAGAUUCUUCUGUAGGAGUGAAACCGAGAUAGGAACUGUAAAGAGCUAUCAUCAUGUGCCAUAAAGGAACUGCUGCAGAAGAAUCUGGAGGACCUCCCGUCUGCGAGCGCUCACUGUUCACUGACAGUUUCUCUGCAGGAGCGAGGCGCCGGGCUGUGAAGGGGAACUCCUGCUGGAACCACUCUGGCUCUGAUUUACUGGGGGUGGGGGAGGGAUUAUAUAUUUGCGGGUAAACGUUCCUGAGAGGUGCGACUGCUGUGGGAGGAACCGAAUCAGGAUUUUCAGACGCAAUGAGAGGAAAGGAAUAAACCGCGGGGCGAAGGAGAGAGAAAGUCAGGGGAGGAUAUUUCAAUCGGACACUUCGCGUACCCUCCCUCUUUCCCUCUUCUGUCGUCUCCUAACCCUCGUCUGGUACCUUUCUCCGCCCACAGAAGAGCACCACCGCUGUGGCUCAGGUGCCAAAGUAAAGUCUGUCUCUUCAUGUCUCCCCCCCCUCUGCCUCUUUUCCUCUGGUUUUUCUGUCCGAUCUUUCUGUCCGAUUUCCCCUCCCUGUUUUUUCUCAAGUGCUGCUUCUUCAAAGUGUCUCCAAAAAUCUCAGCUCUGGAACUCAACUCCGCAUCGUUUAUUUACGUUUACUCGGACAAAACGCAUCCUGUAAUCGAAUGUUUUUGUUCAGUAGCAAUCAGAGACCCCAGUUCUCCGUGUAUUUUCUGUAACUACGAGUAGGCAAAGUUAUUAGAACCAUAUCAAGGUGUAGAGCUGACGUAGAUGUGCUCAGCUGGCAGAUUCUGUAACACUCCAAAUUAGGUUAACUCGAUUCAAACUUGAGGCCUUCUCUCUCUCUCUCUCUCUCUCUCCUCUGUUUGUCUUGCUGUAUUUCUCGACAUACAAUCAGCUGGAAACGACCUCGACUAUUAAAAACAAUCUGAUGCAGGUAGUGUUUGAAUUCUUCUUGAUUUUUACUGACCCUGAUUUGAACUGGAAAUCAGCACGCUUCAGUUUGAGUGGUUUUAAUGCUCAUUUCCUCAGAGGCAUCCAUGGGGUAACUUCCAUCCAACAUUCAUGUGACCUACUAAGAGGCUACCAAACUGAUCACAUAUCUGAAGAGUGAAAAAGCCUUCCAUUCGAACCGAUCCCAUCUCUUCACUGCUGUCCAUGUAUAUAAUGUUUUAUUAUUAUCAAGGGGGGCUUACGUGUGGGUUUUAAGUUCUUACACAGGCGACAGUUUACUCAAAGUUUGUAACAUAACUGCAUCGUUCCCCCUUGUAAACUUCUCAUUAGUACAACCUCGAUUCCAGACGGAGAUGGGAAGUUGUGGAAAAUGUUCAUGAAAACAGAAUUUGAUGGUUUGCAGAUCAUUUAAACCCUUUAAAACGCUGAAACUGAAAACUUAUCUGCUUAGAUCUAUCUAUCUCGUUAUAGUGUGUGCAAAAAAACUAGUUUGGCAUCUUCUUACUUUUUUAAAUGCAAAGUCUUCCCUGAGAAAGUCCUCGUCUAAAUGGCUCCAUAUAUCGUUCAGCAUUCAGCAUGCUUGCUUUUAAAGUCUGCACCAAAAACAAGUCAGGUGGCGCCUCUUCUCUUGAGAGUAGAGCAGAAUAGAUAUCGUCCGUUAUUUCCAACAGUGUCGAUCUUGAUUUGUCAGACCACUGGAGAGUUUUUCCACCUGUCUCAGUUUAUCUUUCCUGAGCUCAGGCCGGAGAAAUAGCCAGUUUAUAGUUUCCUCUCUGCCUUUUACAAAUUCACCUUGAAUUACAUGGAUGCAGCGACACAAACUCUCUGCUCACAGACAGGAUUUUUGGUUUGUGAUGCUGGGAUUUCAGCGCAUGCAGAUCAGGCGGAUCAAAAACGCAUGCAUACAGCGCCCAUCAGAUCCGAUCACGAGACUGGACGAGAUCUCACGUUUCACUGUGAGACAUUAAAUAAGUUCGGCGGUGUAUAUAAACACCCACAUCCUAUAACCCUGGCCUCUUCUAUUAUCAUGUGAAGAACAGUUCAACAUAGUGACUUUAUUUUAAUUUGAAAAUUAACCAGAUAUUUUACUCUGUAUCCGCAUACAACUUCCGCUGCCGCUUGUGCUGCACUGUACUGAAGUGAUGCGUUGUGCUGCGGUGUCCUGCAAAAAUAAAAGCCUUGCGUAUCUGAUCCUCAGCAGAGCCGGACGGAUUAUGUGAAAUCACACACAUUGAUUAUAAUGCUUGCAUAUUUGAUCAGGCAGCUGUGUCAGAGCGGAGCGCAGCCGUUCUGUAUCCUUCUGGCAUUUAGCUGUGAUGAUUUGGAGCCUAUGCGGUGAUUUCCACUACAGAGUCAUGUCUGUUUUUAAUGCAUCUCUGAAGAUCACAGCCAGAAUCCAGAAUCAGUAAUGAGUCUCUGAAUCUGUCAGUGAUAUUAUGUACUGUAGAGAAAUACACACAGGACCAUAACCUUCUUUAAAGUUGCUGAUUAUUUUUCUCAUACAAGUUGCCGAACCUCUCGCCAUCUUAGCUUCUGACAGACCCCGCCUCUUCCUUCUUAUACCCUCUUAUGUAACUGACCUAUAGCAAAUAAAUGCAUUUAAUGAGAGGAGAUCCUCCAGCGUCAACAUCCGACAUGUUUCCUUUGCACUGUUUGCAAUUAAAGAGUUUUGCAAAUCAUCAAAAUCUGUCUUCCUCAACAUUUCACUCGGCGUCCUGAUUCUCGUUGGUAAGUUGGGAUUGUGGGUAACUAGGACACAUAAACCUGUUGUAGAUUUCAAUAAAUUCAAAGCUCUUGUGUCAAUAAAAAUAUGCAACCAGGCAGCCCUAACUAAAGUGUAAAACUCUGAUCAGGUAACCCUAAUAAAACUGUGUUUAUGACUUUACUAUGAGGGUUGAUUUUAAGACCAGUUAGCAUGCUUUUGUGCUGUUCUUCUCUUGACCAUUGGCUGGGUUUGUAUUUAUGCUGUGCUGUACAUCAACAACGUGUAUGUUUACUUUGCUCAAGGUUCAAUCAAAGGAGAGGGGGCAUCAUAACCAGACUUUUGUACCAUCAACAUGUAAUGAAUUUUUUUAAUCUAUAUCUCUUACCCACUGCUGUCAUACUGUACAUACUGUAGCUCCUUAGAGUUGGUUUUUGUAUCAUGUACGCCACUUUGAAAUGGCAGGUAUUUAUGUUGGAUGUCACGCAUUUCACACUGGGUUAGUUUAUGAAGUAGUCGAUGCAGCAACAGUAGAUAUAAAGUUAUAGAUCGUGACUUAUACAUUCAAUAAAACUAGUAUUAAAAUAAACGAGCCGAGCAGCCAUGAAAGAAAUAAUCUGUGCCCAAAAAGACCAUAAAAAUAAUCUCCAGUGAUGUGAACUGUGAUGGCUAAUUUAAUCAAUGAUGUGGACACGUUUAAUACCGGAAUAAAAAAGGACUGUGGGUUGUAAUACGCCACGAGAAUGAGGUCAAAGAUGUAAAUAGUAUCUCAAAGAAAUGACUGUGACGAUCAUGUAAUUUUGUUUCGGUGUCGUUUUUCUUUAAGCGCUCCUCCAUGCAGAGGUUUUAUUUUGAAAUGACGCACGCCUGCCCCCAAAAUGUUUCAACAAUAAGAUGCUACUGAAAACAGGGCUGUUUCUCUUCUUUGUUUUUUCAAUAUUGGGCUUAUAAAGGAGUUUGAAUCAUAUCUGCAGAAGACAAUUUAAAAUUGGACUUGAUGUAUGAAUAUUUCCAGGAACAUAUUUUAGUGCUUUCCUCUUUUAGGAUGAGAAAUACCCGGUUUGUCGUGACGCGCUGAGCUGCCUGUGACUCACUGGGACAAAGUGGAAGUUUGACGGGCUCAUGACAAGUCUGAGUAACGCCAAGGUCUGAUUGGAUUUCCUGUGCCAUAUAUACAAAAAAAAAAAAAAUGUGUCUCAGCCUUCUCUUUUUUCUUUUUCAUGUUAUUUUUUUAUGAAUCUAUGCAGUCUGGGUCUGGCAUUCCUGCAACUCCAUGGCCAUUUUGUUCCAAAGUCAACGAUGAUCAUAAACAGAAGGUGUGAGCGUUUUUGUAAGGACUUCUUUUUUGUUUCAAAUGUAACAGGAUUGAAAUGGGUAUCGUGCCACUUUAUGUUGAUCUUUAAAUGUGCAAUAAAUUAUAUUUCAAAUGUGUUUUGAUAA